UUUACAGAUAACAAUCAAGGCUAAACAAAAACUAGAAUAUAAAUUAAUAUUAAUCUAUCUUUAAAGCUUAGCUGUAUUUACAAAUAUCUUUAUAAUCAAAUGUUGAAUCAAAAUAUAAACCUUGCUUAGUCCAUUUCAAAGGAAUAAAUAUCAUAAUAGAAUCAAGCAUAAAAAAAUUCUAAGAUACCACUAAUAAUAAGAAUAGCUAACAGUAGUAAUAAUUCAACUCCAGUUAAGCUAGGUUCCUUCUAGGAUUUAAGUAAUAAUGAAGUUAUUAAUCUUUGUGAAUAAGAAAAUAUAAAAUAAGAAAUCAAUGAUUUUAAGCCAAAAAAAUAAAUAGAUUGCAUUGUCUUAUAAAAUGAAUUAAAUUAUUUUGAAGAUGAAAAAGAAGAAUUUAAAAAUGACAAAAAACUACCUCAAAAACCUUAAAGAACAAGUUAUAUAAGCUAAUAACAUAAAACAAUAGCUCAAGAAUAGUAUUAUAAUCCUAUUAUUCUAGCUGAUAAUACUAAACACAGAGAAAGGUAGAUAUAAAAUUAAAGAAAUUAGUAAAGAAAUAACUCAUUAGAGAAUAAAUUCAUAGAAAAAUCCAAUAAUUAGCUAAUAUCAAAUCGUAAUCAUAUUAGAUAGUAAAAUUGUAACAAUGCUUCUUUUAAUCUUAUUAAAAUUGACUCUUCCUAAUAACUAGAUAUAGAAAAUAUAUAAAAUUCUUCAAGUGAUAGCUGUCCUGAAGUUUAUUAAAAGAAUAAACUAACUAACAUAAAUUAACAAUUAGAUUUCAAAUAAAAAAAAGAUUUAUUAUAAAUUUCAAAUUUAAAUACUAUAUAAAAAGAAUAAUCUAUAGUUUAAAGCUAGAAUUUAAAUAGAAAUAUAAAGAUAAAAAACUAGACUCCUUUACUUCCACCUAUUCACCCUUAAAAAUUAAAACAAGCACAUUAAUAAACUAAUCAUGAUUUAAAUAAAAAUGAAAUAAAAACAGAUUUUAUCCGUAAAAGCAGAAGCAACUCUUUUACUGAAGAAAAAAAUAUUUUUAAAAUGAACCUUGAUAAAAGUUAAAGAGUUUCUUCUAGUGAAUUUAAGAAUCUUCUUAAUAAUGUUAACUUUUAGUAAAUACAAAAAAAUCUAUCUAGAAACUAAAAAUCUAAAACACAAACUAGUGAGUAAAAUUAUAAUGUAAUAGAUGAUAACUCAACAAAUGGAGUAAUUAAAAAAUAUCACUAAAAACACUAAAAUGAUAUAAAUUAAUGUGCUUUUGAUAGAGCUUAAUACAAUUAAAAUAUCAGAUAAGAAUAAUAAAAUAGUUUAUUUAUUUAAAGAUACUAAAUACCUUUAAUAAUUUCAUAGCCUGAAUUAGAAUUUAUCUAAGAAAGAUCGAAUAAUAUUAAAAAUUACCCUAAUCAAGUAAGAUAGUAAGUUAAUUCUCAAGAAUAACCCAUUAAUAAUGGAAACAUGCAAUAAAAUUUAGAAAAUAUAAGAGAAAUUAAUGAAAGGUAAAAGUCCAAAGAUGUUAUAAGAUUAUAAAAUCAAAAUGUUAGAACUUAAUAACAAUAACAGCAACGUAAUAAUAACAAUAAUGAAUAGACAUAUAACGAUAUUAUUCAAAGAAGAAACUAAAUAAAUGCUUAGUAAGAAAAUCUGAAUGAUUAAUUUUAAAGUAGGUAAAACACAAUUAAUUAAAAUCCACCCCCAAGAUUCAUGAUUGAUAACAUGUAUAAUUAGUUUAUAGAGUUUUAAAAUCAGCUUAGAUAGCAUUAAGGAAUUAAAUCAGAUAAAUAUGUAAGCACAACUGUAUAUAAAAGUUCAUAGUCUUAGAAUCUUUCUUAAGAUGCUAAAUAGUGCUCAAUUUGUCUGUGCGAAUUUGAGGAUGAAGAGAAAAUAAGUUUUUUGGCUUGCUUUCAUCGUUUUCAUAAUGAAUGCAUUCACAAAUGGUUUGAAACAAAAUCAACUUGUCCUCUAUGCAAAAAAGAUUAAAAAACAUUAAUAAAAGAUGUUAAUAAACUAUUAGAUGAAUUUUGA